CCGCCCCGCCUUAUCCUCCCCUGAUCUCCCGUACAAAUGCGCGAUCCCACCCGCCCGCCCAAGCCAUCCACCACCAUAGCCGCCACACUCUUGCUCACGAGCCACAGGAAAAAGGCUCUAGCCCACCGAGAGCGCAGGAAUGGCGUCGUUCGCCGUGGCAACGAUCCCGUCGCUGGCGGCCCCGGCGGCCAAGAAGAGGUCGUCCGGCGGCGUCACGUACGUGGAGGGCAUGAACGCCUACAGCGGCCUCAAGGGGCUCAACAAGGUCACCAUGCUCGGCAUGCGCAAGACCGCCGACUACUCCUUCGCCAAGAUCGUCGCCUCGCUCAGCCCCGCCGGCAAGACGCGGCGCGGCAGCGCGUUCGGCGCCCAGAUGAACGCCGCGGCGGAGAUCUUCAGGAUCGCCGCCAUCAUGAACGGCCUCGUGCUCGUCGGCGUCGCCGUCGGCUUCGUGCUGCUCCGGGUGGAGGCCGCCGUCGAGGAGUCCGAGUAGGGAUGGACGCGCGCGCCCGCCCUGGUAGCAGCAGCAGCCAAUCUGUCGCCGCUGCCUCAUAUAAACCGUGAUAUAUAAAACGCGAUGUAUGUUUUUGAUUGAAUUUACUUCGGUAUGUAUCCAUGACAAUUGAUGAAUACCGUGCAAACAUGUUUUUGGGGUCGAGGCCCGCAAUUGAUCU